UAAUACAUACCGGUGGGUGGAAAAGAAAAUUCAAGUUGAGACUUUAAUUAUGAAGUUUUACAUCCGGUCGGAGGCCCGUCUGAUCUGUUGUCAUUUCCUCUUGCUUCACACUCUGCUGACAGUGUCGGGUUUGAUAAAAAAAAAAAAAACAUCAAAGUGUGAAAAUCCCGGUGAAUUAGUUGACAGCAUCAGCAGUGUGUGUUUGUGUGGAUCAUGCUGCAGGACUCAAACACACAGCGUAUCUCCAUCAGCGACUGACAAACGCCCUCAGAUCAUCUGAAGCGGUCAUAAAUUGCUGGAGUGCGACCCUGGGCUUCCUGUUGAGAUCUUCUUCAUCACUCCAUGGCUGUUUCAGGUAGGAAGUGCGUAGAGGGACGUCACUGAGGAGUGAUGCCUGUUGAAAGUGGAAACAGCGCAGCCGCCCGUCAAGUCAAACAGAAGCGCAAGUCGCACAGUCUCUCCAUUAGGAGGACCAACAGCACCGAGCAGGACAGGCCAGGCAUGCAGAGAGACAUGCUGGAGGGACAGGACUCCAAGUUGCCGAUGGCCUUAAGGAGUAACUUACUGGACCUGUUUGGACAGAUUGAACGGGAGUUUGAAAAUCUCUACAUUGAAAACUUAGAUUUGCGGAGAGAGAUUGAAUCUCUAAACGAACGUUUGGCUGGAGAAGGACAGACUGUUGAUGGCGGCGAUCUGAGCAAAGGAGCCCUGAAAACAAAAGCAAGUCACAGCACAAGUCAACUUUCCCAAAAGCUGAAGACGACAUACAAGGCCUCCACUAGCAAGCGCUCAAAUUCUUUCCCGGGGAAAGUAGGUGGACCUCGCAACUUCAAUGUGGGGAACUGGGAGUUAUGGGGUGGAGACUCAUGGAUUGUGUCCAGUUUCAAAGCCACCACGUCUCGUGCAGUGUGUCAGCUGGUCAAGGAGUACGUGGGACACCGGGAUGGGAUAUGGGACCUGGCUGUGACUCGGGUUCAGCCGCUGGUUUUAGGCACAGCUUCAGCCGAUCACUGUUGCAUGCUGUGGAGUAUUGAGACUGGGAAGUGCCUGCUAAAAUAUGCCGGCCACGCUGGAUCAGUCAACUCCAUUAAGUUCCACCCCACAGAGCAGAUGGCACUUACAGCGUCCGGGGACCAGACGGCACACAUCUGGCGUUACAUGGUACAGCUGCCGCUUCCCCAGCCCCCAGCAGACAUCAGUACUGGUUGGGGCCAAAAGGCUCCGGUUUCCUCCCGCAGCCCAAAGACAUGCAGGUUAGGUGAAUUGAACCUUCUAAAUUGUCCCCGGACGUGUCUGGUGGGAGGAAAGCAGGUGGUCACUGCUUCCUGGGAUAGAGCCGCCAACCUCUAUGAUGUAGAAACCUCUGAGCUGGUGCACACCCUCACAGGUCACGAUCAAGAGCUGACCCACUGCUGUACUCAUCCCACCCAGCGUCUGGUGGUCACCUCAUCCAGGGACACCACCUUCCGCCUGUGGGACUUCAGAGAUCCCUCCAUCCACUCAGUGAACGUCUUCCAGGGCCACACUGACACCGUGACGUCAGCUGUGUUCACCGUGGGAGACAACGUGGUGUCAGGAAGUGACGAUCGCACCGUCAAGGUGUGGGACUUGAAGAACAUGAGAUCUCCAAUUGCUACCAUCCGCACAGACUCCGCCGUUAAUAGGAUAAGCGUCUCAGCGAACCAAAGAAUCAUCGCUCUGCCACAUGACAACAGGCAGGUCAGGCUGUUCGACAUGAAUGGAGUCCGUCUGGCCCGUCUCCCACGGAGCAACAGACAGGGCCAUCGGCGCAUGGUGUGCUGCUCUGCCUGGAACGAGGAGAACCAAGCUUGCAAUCUGUUCACCUGCGGCUUCGACCGCCAGGCCAUCGGCUGGAACAUCAACAUCCCUGCCCUGCUCCAAGAGAAGUGACACACUUCACACGUACACAAGCUUUACAUGGCCCAUCCACGUAAUCACAACUGAACAUGUUCGUCAGUGCCACACCUGCAGUAGAUUUUUAAAGCACACUUUCACGUUGUGUGUGAUAAGACUCCGUUUUUCCUCCCAGUUGGCGUCUACGGUCGCUAUCCCGUGGUCAUCAUCCCGUCACGCCUUCUGACGUGUGUGGAAAACGUCAUUUCAUGGAUAUUCUGCAUAUCUAGCCCUGCGCUGUCUGCUCUGAGGUCAUAUAGUGUUGUGAACUUCCUCCCAGUCUUGUUACCCCGUUUUUACAUGUUUGCAUGAAAUUGCGACUCGUGAAUCCUGCGAGACCGGGACAUUGCCGAAACGUUCGCUCACGGCCUGCCGCUGUUACACUCAAGUAAGUUUUCACUUUAGUGGUAUUUUUGUUGUGCGAUGUUCUUUGUACAGAUGACUUUUUAUUUUACGAUAGCAUUUUAGAUUUUUUUUUCUUUCGUUUUGUAUAGAGUUCUGCUUUGCUUUUUAUAGAGAUGAGAUGUGCAAAAGAAACUCUGCCUUUGUGAACGGAAAUCGGCAAUCGCAUUUAUGGAUCCGCACCUUCUUGAUGUUCUAAAUGCCAUUCAAGCGGCCAAUCAGCUUCUGUCAGUAUUGCCGUAGUCCAUUUGCAUGACAAACCCACCUCUCUUGUCAAAUAUGUGAAGCAAAAUGCUGUAUAAUUGCGGUGUAAUCUUGUUCACC